CGUUCAAAGCGAUAGCAAUGGAUUCAUUAACGGUUAGUCCAAUCUUACAACACAACGCAGAUGCCUUGCAAUACAUCAGAAGGCAAUAUAAUUUGGAUCUACCUGAAAGGAUUCAAGAGUCCGUUAAUAUCUUGUCUGAUUGGAUAAAUAAACAAGACCAUCUGGUUAAGAAAAAUUAUGGCAGGGAUUACUUAGAAAGGAUACUUAUAAACUGUAAAGGUUCUGUGGAGAAAGCUAAGAUGAAAUUGGACAAGUUAUGCUCCUUAAGAACGGCAUUGCCGAUAUAUUUCGAACCAUUCGAUAGAAAACAUCCUGCUGUAAACAAAAUAGUUGAUGGGUUCUUGCCAAGAAUGACGCCCGACCAUUGUAGAGUGUUCCUCUUAAGAAACAACAUUCAAAAAUUUGAUUUCGUUCUCUUGGACUUCUACCGAGCCCUGAUUGCUAAAGUCGAGUACUUACAAACACAUGACUAUAACAAUGGGAUCAUAGUAAUUUUUGAUUAUAGAGGUUUAAACAUAUUAGACUUCAUGAAAAUUUUUAAUAUAACAGAAAUAGAAGACAACACAAACAUUAUAACGGAAGGUUAUGGAAUGAGGAUUAAAAGUAUUCACAUUAUAACGAGCUCCAAUUUGAUCGAUAUGGUUGUUUCUAUUAUAAAACAGGGUAUGAGCGAAAAAUUGGGGAAAAGAAUUAAUGUUCACAAAAGUCUAGAUUCAAUAUACAACUUCGUACCUAAAGACAUCAUGCCAGAAGAUUAUGGAGGAUCUGAGAAAACCUUGCAACAACUCCAUGAAAACUUAUUAAAUGAGCUUACUUCAUACAAAUUCAAAAAUCACUUAACAGAUAUGAGGAAUGCCUGUACCAAUGAAAUUGUACGACGUGGGAAUAUCCAAAAUCAAUACCUUGGAAUUCCAGGAUCAUUUAGAAAGUUAGCUGUUGAUUAAAUACAUGUUUUAAGAAAAACGUUAAACGACAACGACCAACGGCAGCUCUAAAAAUUUUGCAAGCUGAUUGACCAAACUUUCCUAUUCAUCUCGUUCCACUCAAUCAGCUUAUUUAAAAAUACUCGAUAUUUUAUUGGUGUAGUUAAACUAGAUUCCAAUUACAUUAAAAUUUUUUCGGCGUUUCUUAGUUUUUGGCUAUUAUUUAGUUUACAUUAAUACAGGAUUACAGAAACACUUCUAUUUUUUAUACGAGUUUACGAAUAUAAUUAUUAUGUUUAUGAAGCAAAAAAAAUCUAAAUUUGAGGUUGUUUUUCUAUUGAUUGUUUAGGAUGAUGCAUUUUCCCCGGAUCUUCCUUCGACAAGGGUCUUUUCCUACGUGGAUUACACCCUUGUCAUUGUUCGGAGUAAGAACUUGGCGGAGGUACGCCAGCUCACGGCAGCGGCAGCUACCGCCGUAGCGAACCACAAAGGGGACUCGUGGCUGCAGGUCUCUGUCACUAAGAAGGAGGCCCUUCCGUUUUAUGAGUCCCGUGGCGGAGUCUUCCUCAUCGAGCGUACAUCUCCGUUCAGCGUGUUGAGGUGGCGGUGAAAGCCCAGAUGAGAUAUCUAGGCCUAACCUUGAUGGGAGCUGGAGUUUCGCGGGCUAUUUCUCACUUUUGGCCCCGAAUCUUAAAACUGGCUCGACUUCCUUGGGGAAAAUUCUACCCAAUAUGGGCGGUCCGCGGGCGCCAUACCGGCGACUUUACACCGGCAUUGUGAUGAGUAUGGCUCUGUACGGUGCUCCCAUAUUGUCGGAGGCUCUCACCGCUAGCUCCAAGGCCCUUUUGCACAGAGCUCAGAGGACCAUUGCAGAAAGGGGGAUUGGAGGGUAUCGCACGGUCAGCUUCACUACAGCUACACUCCUGGCUGGUUACCGCUACAGCCGGAAAUACUUGCUUUUGCAUACCGGCACUGAGCGGAAGCCCCAGCCAGCUCGGAUGAGAGCUUUAUCUCAUUGAGCCCUGAUACUACGGUGGGGAGAGAGCUGUAUUGUAGCACCGCUGGGUAAAUGACAGUGGAAGCAAUUCUCCUACGCCUCGAUCGGUGAAUCACCUGGCGACACAGAACACUGAUGUUCCGCCUUGUGCAAAUUCUUACUGGGCAUAGAUGCUGCGAUGGGUACCUAAACAAGGUCGCUAGAAGGUAUGCGACUGCCUGAUGUCAUCACUAUUACGAGCUGACGAUGGACUCGGCUCGUCACAUGCUGGAGGAAUGCACUUCACGGACCCGUCGCCGUGAAGUGUUGGUUGACGCGAUUGGUGAAAACGUCUUAUUUCCGCACGUUUUAAGUGCCAUGAUCGUAGGCUGUAAGGGACUGUCCUUGUUACCCGGGAGGCCCUGUUGGAGAGGUAAUUCCGCCGGAGCAUCACGAUGAAUGCGAAAGCUUUUGGGGUGGUAGAGCCUAGCUAUGGUCAAGUUACAACUUCGACCGGGGAAGUAUCACACAAGUUCGGCGUGAAAUAGCCUUUAGUGGCUGCGUUUCGUCGUUGAGUCGUAUGAGUGAGAGAGCCGGUUGCUCUUUCCUCGUUCCCGCCCUUUCUUGCCAUUUCCUUAUACCGGAAUGUUGCGGAUAUCCAUAGGCGACGGUGACUACUGCCCAUCAAGUGGGCUAUCUGCUUGUUUGCCACUUUUAACAUAAAAAGAAAAGAAAAGAAAGAGAUCCUGUUAUGUCCUACUAUGGCGAGGAGGGUAGUCGUUGGUUGUUUCAGUGGGUAAAUCGGCAGGCUUACGAGGCUAAACAUCUUGCCGGGAGCCCCACAUAACCAACCCGUAUAUCAGGCCUGGCCAAAGGGGGGAUUAUGCAAUAUAUUUUUUCAAACGUUUAUAAAAAAGAGAUGAUUAGCAUUCCAGUUCAAUUUUUAUUACAGUUAGGUGGUAUUUAACUGGAUUAUAUUAUUUAAAUUAUAAGAACAAGGAUCUUUGGUUAUUAAAACUCAAACUUUAACCUGCGGCCUCUCGCUAAACAAGGGACGCAAUAGUUACCUACAUCUCGUAAAGUUUAAUACAUUAGUUACAAGACAGUACGAUUAGACUCUAUCACAGAAAUUGUAAUCUCCAUUAAUCCUCUCAAUCUCCAUCUUGAGUUGAGAUUGAUAAGAAGUAUAUUUGGGUAUACUAUGUACAACUUAGCGUUUCUAAGUUUCGAUUACCCUUCGUUGAAUUACUUUUCCAAGUAAGGUCGACUUUGAUAGUUUGGAACAUUUUUUUUUUUUAUUAUUUUAUCUUUUUACUUCCUUAGUUCCUGGAUUCUUAUCAUUAUUCUGAAGAAAUUCUAAAAUUACCUUUAAUGCACUUAUUAUUAGAAAACUGCGACCGACUUUCAUUGGGUGACUUUAUUUUGAAGAGUUCAAGAGGCUGGAACCGAGAUUAUGAAACGUUUAAGUAAAUUGCCUGUAUUAAGAAUUAAGAAAAGUCCAAUUUAAAAUCGUGGAUUAUACGUGUAUAUUCUAUACUUUUGGAAAUUGUUAAGUAUCUUAUCUGACGUACUUUUAAAUCUGCAAAUAUAUUUUAUAUAAAAGCAUGAUAAGUUAUUUUAUAAGUCCACAAAGGGUUUAAGGUUUUACAUAAUGCCAAGUGUUGAGGCACCUUCAUUUUAUUUUUUGUUUAUUAAAUAAUUAAUAAAAGUUUAUCAAGUGUG